CAUUAAAAAGCGCAUUAAACAAAGAAAAAUCUAAAUGAUUUGUAAAUAAAAAAUUUAAUGUGAUAAAAUAGUGUGUGAAAUGCCAAAUUGAUGAACUCAACAUUAUGGGAGAUGAUCAUGCAACGAACGUUCCUAAAACAUCAAAUUUACCUCAACUUAAACCGGUGAAAAAGAAACGUAGAGACAAAAGUGAUUUGGGCGAUAAUUUUGUAGCGCCCGAUGGUGGUUGGGGUUGGUAUGUCUCUAUAGCCAGUGGUAUUAAUAAAGUAGUAGCUUUUGCUUUGGUCCAACAAUUUGGUAUUAUUUUUCGUGAUCGUUUUACACAGUUGGAUAUUACCAAUUCACAAUUGACAACAAUUAUUAAUAUACAAAUAGCUGUAUCAGCUAUAACAGGCCUUCUGAAUGGUCCUUUAUUUCGCAGAUUUUCUUUUCGCCAAGUGGCUGUGUUUGGCUCAUUUAUUACCUUCUUAGGACUAUUUGCGACAGUCUUUGCAAAAUCCUUUAUUUUCUAUUGUCUAUCAUUUUCGUUAUGUUACGGUUUUGGUCGAGGUCUAAUUGUAAAUGCCUCUUCUUUAGCUUUAAAUACUUAUUUCAAAGUAAGAAGACGCACAGCUACUGCUUAUCAUUAUGGUGUAGUCGGUUUAGGUCCCAUUUUUUUGCCCUAUGUUGCCACAUUUUUCCUAGAUUACUUUGGAGUACAAGGAACUGUUUUAUUAUUUGCUGGUCUUUCCUUGAAUACUAUAGCCUGCUCUUUAAUAUAUCAACCGGUUAAAUGGCAUGUUAAAAAGCUGACUAAUGAUAGGGAAACUUCUGAAAAACUUACUGAACCGGAGGAGGAUGUUAUAUUAAGGGGUGAUUUAGAAAUGCCAGCAUUAGUAGUUGCCAAUGAUGGUUGGUUUGGUUCGAAAACCUCACUGUAUUCACUAUCACCUUCCAGUAGAAAUAGAUUAGAAUCUUGGGAUAAAAACGAGGGUGAUAAAAAGCUUUUGGAAUUAAAAAGUCUAAAAAGUCGAGAUUCGACUGAUAGACGAAGUUUUUCAAUAAGUUCCAGUAUUACAGAGGGUAAAGCUGAAGACAAACAUGAACAAAAAGUUCCUAUUAGUACGGAACAAAAUAAUAAUAAUGAUAAUGAAAGUAGAUCACAAAAAGAACUAGAACAGACUUUAAUCGAGGAGGAAAAUGAAAGACGCGGAAAAUUAUCCUGGUAUAUGAAAGUAGUCGUAUUCUUUGACUUUGAUUUAUUACGCGAUUUGACUUAUGUCAAUUUGGCUUUGGGUUUAACACUCAUUAAUUUUGCCGAAUUAAAUUUCAACAUAUUAAUACCAUUUAUUUUAUAUGAUUUUGGUUUCGAAAGUCAACAAAUUGCCUUGGCCAUGUCUUUAAUGGGUGCCUUCGAUUUAAUCCUACGUUUCCUAAUACCUCUGUUAACAAGCAUCAGCAAACUAAGUAAUAAGACUUUCUUUAUCUGGGGCAUCUUGGGUAUGUGUAUUGGUCGUAUGUUUUUGUCAUUUACCAGAAAUUUCUAUAUCAUGAUUGCCAUUUUUAUAUGGUUGGGUUUAAGUAAAGCUUUGCGUACAGUAUUUUGGGGUUUGAUAAUACCCGGUUGUGUGCCGCUAAAAAGAUUGCCUGCUGCUUCUGGUCUUCAAUUGCUGAUGUCUGGUUUAUUUACUCUGGCUUGUGGCCCCUUAAUAGGUCUUAUACGUGAUAAAACUAGUUAUGCUAUUGCCUUGAAUUUUUUCAAUAUUUUAUGUUUAUUGGCUAUUGCCGGUUGGAUAUUGGAGGGUUUUAUACGUAAAUAUAGAAAUAAAUUAAAACCAGUAACUGGAGACUGACAAAUCAGACAAUAUGUUUCUGUCUUUCUUGUAAUAUUGGUCUGAUAUCAAUAUCUACUUUAAACUCAAGAUCUAGUUU